CCUGCUUCAAUGAGCGUCUUAAUCUACCAACAAGACAGAGGAGACAAUGCUCAACAUGUUGAGGAUGUCUGAGGAGAGUAAAGCAGUGUGCAUGGCUAUACUUAAGAGGCUGUUAAUCUUCUUAGAGCUGCUAAGUACCCAGCUAAAAAUCAGCCACUGUCCAGAUUGUUUCUUCCUGCUCCAGAUAAACGACUCAGACAACAACAAAGGGGAGCUCAAAGAAAUAUGUGGCAGAGUCUUUAUGGUGGCAUGAAAUAUGCGCCUCUUCUCCUUUGGGAGCUGUGUUGACAGAGCUGUGGAAGAAGUUUUGGUUGGCCUGCAUGACUUGAAGAUGUUCGGCAGCGGCUCCAAGACGUGGUUUGUCAAGAACCAAAAGAAGACUCAGCAGAAAUCUGGCAAGAGGCCAUGCACCAGGAAGAGGAAGAGAUGGGCAGCUAAGAUCCUCAAAGAGCACAGAGAGCAGAUCCUCAGUGAGUUGGAUGUCAACGCCGUCCUGCCUUACCUGGUGUAUGAUAAGGUCUUCUCACUGGUGGAGUACAAGGAGAUCCUGGGACAGGAGUCCAGCAGGGGACGGGCAGAGGUGUUUCUAAGUCACCUGUCUUCCAAGGGGCCUGCUGCUUUCUGCUCCUUCUGCUCCGUUUUGGAGGAGGUGUGUCCCCGCCUGCUGACCUGCUUCCUGUUCGAUGGAGAAGAUGGAGUCCCAGGACGGAGCUGGAAAGUGGGGCUCUCCAUGCCCCCAAACAGUCAAGCAGAGCAGCCUCUGUGUCCCCCUCCAAUGUAUACAGAUCCACUGUUCGACACGAGGAUUCACCCCAGCCCGACUGCGGGCUCCAUCACAGCAGCCUCCUCUGCGAGCACCGGUCAGGGCAAGCCAUCACUCCGCCGCAUCAAGGGUCGCAUCCACAGGAGCAAGAGCCUGGACAGCAUCGAUCUCCUCGACUCCAACGCGCUGUAA